GGUCAAUCUCCGUCUUUCUCUUGGAGAGAUCAAUCUCUUUGGAUUCUCUCCUCUCUCAUCAGUUUUUUUUUUUUUUUUUACUUUUCUUUAUUAUAAUUCCGAAAAUCUCCUUGAGAUCGCAAGCCUCUUCUUUGGGAUCAGAUCCAAAAGCCGCCAUUGUUGGAAGCUCCGAGCUCGGAAUUCCCAGAGGCGAAGAUGAUUACGAUCCCGUAUUUGACCGCUUUGACCACCUACUUUAGCUACGGAUUGCUCUUCGCCUUUGGCCAAUUCCGUGACUUCUUCAGGAAAAUUAUCGAUUGGUGGAAUUCCAGCAAUCUCCAGGGUUACGCGCCGAUCUGUUUGGGACUUGAGGAUUUCUACAUUCGUCGUUUGUAUCUGCGCAUUCAGGACUGUUUUGGACGACCAAUAGCAAGUGCUCCUGAUGCUUGGUUUGAUGUGGUUGAGCGCUACUCUAAUGACAAUAAUAAGACGCUAAAACGGACCUCUAAGAAAAGUAGGUGCCUUAACUUGGGAUCAUACAACUAUCUGGGUUUUGCUGCAUCUGAUGAAUAUUGCACACCUCGUGUUAUUGAGUCACUGAAGAGGUUUUCGCCAAGUACUUGUAGCACUCGUGUUGAUGGAGGAAAUACAACAAUUCACAAAGAACUAGAGGAAUGUGUGGCAAACUUCGUUGGAAAACCUGCUGCCAUAGUAUUUGGCAUGGGUUAUGUGACAAAUUCUGCCAUCCUUCCUGUCCUUAUAGGGAAGGGUGGGUUGAUUAUUAGUGACUCAUUGAACCAUAACUCAAUUGUCAAUGGUGCUCGAGGAUCAGGAGCUACAAUUCGAGUGUUCCAACAUAACACACCAUCACAUCUGGAGAAAGUUUUAAGAGAGCAAAUUGCUGAAGGACAACCCAGGACGCGUAGACCGUGGAAGAAGAUCAUUGUUAUCGUUGAGGGGAUAUACAGUAUGGAGGGAGAGCUCUGUAAACUUCCAGAGAUUGUUGUAAUAUGCAAGAAAUACAGGGCAUAUGUUUACUUGGAUGAGGCUCACAGUAUUGGAGCAGUUGGAAAAACAGGCAGAGGUGUCUGUGAAUUAUUAGGAGUUGAUACUGCUGAUGUAGAUAUCAUGAUGGGAACUUUUACAAAAUCAUUUGGCUCCUGCGGUGGUUAUAUAGCUGGAUCGAAGGAGCUUGUAGAGUAUUUGAAGUACACCUGCCCAGCCCAUCUAUAUGCAACGUCAAUAUCACCUCCAGCUGCCCAACAAAUCAUAUCCUCUAUUAAGGUCAUUCUUGGAGAGGACGGCACUAGUAGAGGGGCCCAAAAACUUGCACGGAUUGGUGAAAACAGUAACUUCUUCAGGUCAGAACUGCAGAAAAUGGGUUUUGAGGUUCUUGGAGAUAACGAUUCUCCCGUAAUGCCUAUAAUGCUUUACAAUCCGGCAAAGAUUCCUGCUUUUUCAAGAGAAUGUCUCAAGAAAAAUGUAGCUGUAGUGACGGUUGCCUUUCCAGCUACCCCUCUACUUUUGGCUAGAGCACGUAUUUGCAUCUCUGCCUCUCAUUCCAAGGAAGACCUCCUCAGAGCUCUGGAGGUUAUCAGUGAAGUUGGGGACCUGGUAGGAAUAAAAUAUUUCCCUGCUGAGCCGAAGAAGCAUCAGGACUCAGGAGGAGAGCCCCAUCAAAGUGGGAUGAAAUAAUUCCUAGUUGUUCAGUGAAACUGACUCUCUAGGGAUUUAUAACUCUUGUAACCAACUAAAUUGAAGUUCUCAGCAAAAAGAAAAAGAAAAAGAAAAACAGUUGGUGGCUUCUAGGGGUUUUCUUUGUAUGUCGGGGAAAUUUUUUGGCCAUCCAGUUAUGAUCGUUCCAUUCUUUGUAUCUACGACACUCGUAGAGUAUCCCAUUAUUAUAACAUCUAUGUUAAUGUGAUAGUUGAAAUUAGCUUUACACAAUCACCUCCUCUUAUUACUUC